CCUAGUUUUCCUUCUUCAAGAAAAUGGCAAUGGAUUCAUACCUUUCCCUGGUCUCGACGCCAUUUAUGACCCUCGAGCUCUGCCUCGGCCUCUUCGUCUUCAUUUCCCUCUUCGCCUUCUGGUUGACACCAGGAGGCUUCGCUUGGGCUCUCUACAAGGCCCGACCUGAAUCCAAGACCCGACCCGCCAUCCCGGGACCCACCGGCCUCCCCAUCGUCGGCCUGUUGUUCGCCUUCGUCAACAACGCGUUGACUCACCGAGUCCUCGCGAGUCUUGCUCAGUCCUUCAAGGCCAAGUCCCUCAUGGCCUUCUCUGUCGGGUCGACCCGUUUCGUCAUCUCCAGCGAACCCGAGACCGCGAAAGAGCUCUUGAACAGCUCCGCUUUCGCAGACAGACCCGUCAAAGAGUCUGCUUACGAGCUUCUCUUCCACCGAGCCAUGGGGUUUGCUCCCUUUGGCGGUUACUGGAGAGAGCUCAGAAGGAUCUCUUCUACUCACUUGUUUAGUCCCAAAAGAAUCGCCAGCUUCGGUGGUUUCCGCCAGAAGAUUGGACAAACAAUGGUGGGAGAGAUCAAGAAAUCAAUGGAGAGCCAUGGCGAGGUUCAGAUCAAGAGGAUCUUGCAUUUCGGAUCGCUCAAUAACGUUAUGACGACCGUUUUCGGCAAAACAUAUGACUUCAGCGGAGAAUCCGACAAGACCAUAGACUCCAGAGAGAGCAGGGAGCUCGAACACUUGGUGUCCGAAGGGUAUGAGCUGUUGGGGAUAUUCAACUGGAGCGAUCAUUUUCCGGUCUUGGGAUGGUUGGAUUUGCAAGGAGUGAGGAGGAGAUGCCGCAAUUUGGUGGCGAAGGUGAAUGUUUUUGUCGGAAAAACCAUCGAAGAACACAGAUCAAAAAGAUUGAACCAUUCUUCUGAAGAUGGAAAGGGUGACUUCGUUGAUGUUUUGCUUGACAUGCAACACGACACUAAGAUCUCCGAUUCUGAUAUGAUCGCUGUCCUCUGGGAAAUGAUAUUCAGAGGUACAGACACCGUGGCGAUCCUUCUCGAGUGGAUCCUGGCUAGGAUGGUCCUCCACCCUGACAUCCAAGCCAAGGCUCAGGCCGAGCUUGACGCCGUAAUGGGCCUCAGUGGACAGCGACUCACCGAUUCUGACCUCCCCAAGCUUCCGUACCUCCGAGCCAUCGUCAAGGAAACCCUAAGGAUGCACCCGCCAGGCCCUCUCCUCUCAUGGGCUCGUCUCUCCAUCCACGACACCACCGUCGGAACCCACUUCGUCCCAGCUGGCACCACCGCCAUGGUGAACAUGUGGUCCAUCACCCACGACGAAAGCGUGUGGGCCCAGGCUCAUGAGUUCAAACCGGAGAGGUUCCUUGGUGGGCAAGAAAACGAUAAUUUCCCCAUCAUGGGAUCCGAUCUGAGGCUGGCUCCUUUCGGCUCGGGCCGCAGGGUUUGCCCUGGCAAGUCCAUGGGGUUAGCCACUGUCGAGCUCUGGCUCGCUCAGCUGCUCCAUAGCUUCAAAUGGGUCCCCCAUGGUGACGUGGAGUUGGCUGAGAGCUUGAAGCUCUCGAUGGAGAUGAAGAACCCUCUGGUUUGCAAGGCCAUCCCCAGGGUUUAGGGUUUCUAAAUCCAUUCCACUGCUCAGCCUUUUAUGUAUUUUAGUGAUGGCCUCGCUCUGGAUAGGGUCCAUGAGAGGAGAUCUCAUAACUAUUAUAAUGAUGAAGUAAUGAUCUUACUAUAUAUGGCUAUAUCCAUAUGUGACUUUGCGAAGCUCUUUGUCGGUCAAAGAAAGUGGAAACAAAAUCAAAAUUGCGUGGGAGGAGACAUCGUUUUCCUUUCAAGUUGAGCCAAAAAAAAAAAAA